AUGUUGUGUAGUCGAAGGUCUACAAUCUCACUUUCCUUAAAAUUAUCUCUCCUAGUCGGGACUGUUUUAUAUUUCAGUAUACAUAUAUGUGGAUUAGCUUUAAGUACUAACGGAAUAUUACUCAAGGGUUUGAAGUUUACAAGACCAUGUCCUAACGAGAACUAUCGAUUUCAUAAUGCUACUGGAAAUUUCAUGUGUGUUGUGCCGACAGCUAAGAAGUGCUUUGAAUUAUGCCAGGAAUUAGGCAGUGAAGAAAUCAAAAAUAUCAUCGUUGUCGCUGUUUUCCAGAAUAUCAUAUGUGCUUUUAUAAUUCUGUCCCAAGAAGAUAUCGUGAUUUUGAAUAGGAAAUUUAAGAAAACCGAUAAUAUCCGCUUUCAUUACCGUCUUCAUCUUGUGACAUUGUGUUCAACUAAAAUGUAG